GACAAGGGGACUCUUCGCUUUUGAGCCUAUUGAGGCCUGACCAAGUCGAAGAAGGCAAAAAUGGCAGAGACGGAGCAUUCUACUACGGUUCUGUUGGCUGAAGCAUACCAGCAUCCGCGACUUAACGUCGCGGGUCAACUUCUGCGAUGACUCGUACAAGAAGCACCGCGGAGGCUUCAUCAUCCCAUAUCUUGGUUCAAUGCAAAGACCUGUCGACCAGUCGAGAGCGGCCAGAUUUUCACGAUCAGUUGCGAUCACGUACAAUACCACAAUGGCCCUUCAAAUCGGAAACCACAACACUGUCAUCAGCAACAUCAAUGUCCGCCAUAAUCACAACGGAGUUACCUGGCUUUACUUGACGACUGGCAGUUCUACUAGCCGUAAUUUUCUCUUUGCCCUUGCAAUCAACGCAGAGGAGGAACAAGGCAUUUGCCUCCCUUCGCAAGAUAUCUCUGUACGCAUGGACGCUGGUGUUAUAGUUCAGGGUUUUGUCGCAAAGGUGAUUUGCUGCGAGAGUUACUUUUGUGUAAUUCUUGUGCAAUCGCGCGGUCGUCCUUCCAAUCAACCAUGCGCCAAUAAGUGCGCUCAGCCAGGCUCCUGCCGUUUUACUGAGUGUCGCCGCUUGCCAAACUGCCAGGCUGGCGCCUGUGCCGAAUGUAUCUGGUAAUCACACGGGGCUUGAUGUACCAACAAAGGUCCGGGUGGCUCCUCUGAUGAGGAUGGUGACGAUUCUGACAAUGGCCCUUCCAACUACAAGAAGCCAUCUGUUUCUAAGGGUCACAACCCUCGUACGCCUGGCAAGAAUCUUCGACAUACCUCACCAACCAAUGCCCAAGGCCCCAUACUCGGAGCUUCCUAUUUG